AGUUUGCUGCUUUUAGUUCUAUAUCCCAUGUGUAUAGAGACUGUGAGCUGAUUCAGUUCUUCUCUUUUUGAUCAAGCCAUCAUGUCAGUCUCAGGUGCAAGUUCUGCGAGUUGGGUUGCUUCUUCCUCCCAAAAGUCUGGCUACUCUCUAAGCCAUGGAGCAUCUGCUGGUGCUGGUCUUUCUGCUGGUUUGUCACGUUUGAGUGUAGGAGGAGGAGGUGGAUUUGGUUUGAGCAGUGGAGGGUUUGCUCUUGGUGCAGGAGCUGGUUUGGGUGCUGGACUUGGAGGAGCUAGUCUUAGCUUAGGUGGAGGUGGUGGUAGUUUUGGACUUAGUUUAGGUGGAGGCUUAGGUGGAGGCUUAGGCGGAGGCUUAGGCGGGGGCCUAGGUGGAGGCCUAGGGGGAGGCCUAGGUGGAGGCCUAGGGGGAGGCUUCGGAGGAGGCUAUGGUGGUGCUGGUCUAGGUGGAAGUGCAGCAUUUUCUUUGGGGCGCUCUUUAACUUCUGGUGGCCUAAGUUCAACUCUAAAUGUUGGGGCUCCAAGGGUUGUUCCCCAACUUCUUUCUAGAGCAAGUGAGAAGCAGACUCUAGCAGGCUUAAAUGAGCGUUUUUACUCAUACGUUGAGAAAGUGAAGCAGCUUCAGUUUGAGAAUCAAACUCUGCAAACACAACUGAAUCUGCUGACAGGGGGCACCUCAGUAACUUCCUCAGAUACCUCUGGACCUGUCAACUUUGAGCUGCAGAUUACAGACCUAAGAAAUACAGUUGAGACUCUAACAUUGGAAAAUGUUCGAUAUGAAAUUGAAUUGGACAACAUCAGGGGAGCAGCAGAAGAGCUCAAGACAAAGUUUGAAUUGGAACUGGGAGUAAAAUACCAACUGGAAACUGAUAUCGCAGCAAUGAAACGGGAUAUUGAAUCUGCCACUGAAUUGCGAACCACACUGGAACAAAGAUUUACAGCUGCACUUGACGACCUUGAAUUUGUGAAGAAGACACACGAAGAGGAACUCAGUGUACUACAGAGUAAGUUGGGAACUUCAGCUGACACAUCUGUGUCUCUCAUCGAAGUGGAUGCAGUUAGAUCAUUUGACCUCACCACUGCUUUGAGCAAAUUGAGAGCAGACUAUGAGAAAUCUGUCCAACAACACAAAGAAGACGCAGAGACAUAUUUCAGAACUAAGAUUGAAGAGAUAAACAGCGAAACAGCCAAGACAUCAGAGGUUGUUGCCGCAGUAAAAACAGAAAUCACAUCCACAAGAAAAGAACUUCAAACAUUGAACACAGAACUUCAGUCCGUUAUUUCAGUGAAUUAUACACUUGAAAGCAACCUUUCUGAAGUGGUGGCCAGGUCCAGUGUGGGCGUGGCGGAGUUCCAAGCACAAAUAACAAGCUAUGAAGCUGCCAUUGAAUCUGCAAAGGUUGAGCUCCACAAAAUUAUUAUAAACUACCAAGAACUUUUGGACAUAAAACAGGCCUUGGAUGUGGAAAUUUCUACCUACAAAAAACUUUUGGAGGGAGAAGAUCUUAAAUUCCCUGACGUGGGGGUGUUGACAGGAGGCACAUUCACUUAUUCUUCUGAUUCUGGAUUUCAGAAGAAAGAGACAAUUGAACUGCUUGGCUGAAUGGAAUCCCCCACUGACACUUUUGUCCGAAAACGCACUCUGAAUCCCAGAAAAUAUAACUCCCCUCCGUGUUUGCAUGUUUCCUAGUCUACUGGCAAUUAUUGCUUUUGCCUUUAUGGUGUAAAAUCUUUAUGCAUCAAUAAAAAAAAUUUGCAGCAUUA